AUGCUUGCAAAAGUCACGAUUCUAGCAGUACCAUGCCUGAUAUUAUUGGGCAUGCUCUUGGCCGAACUUACUAUUUACCACCAUGCUCAGAAGCUUGCAAAGGCAAAUAUUAGCCCAAAUGCUGGGGGGGCGUUGCGCGAACUAGAUGAUGGGGAGGAAUUACCAGACUUGGAAGCUGUGGGAGAAUCGCGGGACUUGGAUGAUGGGGAGGAGGUUCAGGAGCCGGACACAGGAGACGACGGCCAGGAGCAGGAUGCUGAGGGUGGGCAGAACAGCCAUGAGGCGGCUCUGAGGAGACGAAGCAUAUAUCAACGCACCAGAGUGAUGCUUUCUCAUGCGUGGGGCCUUGCAAUCUCCAACAUUUUGUAUGUACGUUUCGUACAAUAUGUUUUAGCGCCCGCUAUUGUCGCCAUCGUCGCUGGCUCGGUUGCUACGUCCGGUUUUGUUUCAGUUUUUAAAGAGGGAGCUUCUGUUGUGCUUCGUUCAUCUUCGGCUCAUGGUACAUGUCAGAGUCCUCUGAGGGCCACGGUGGACGCAGACAUCGCUGGUACAGGCGUCCGCAAUUUGGCAUGGGCACAGAUGGAGGUGUUGACGGGUCUCACAUUCCUGGGCCACUUUCAUUACAAGGCUCUCGGAACCAAAGAGAUUAGUGCCAGCUUGAUAACUACACAUUUUUCUCUAGCAGUCGCCUUGGCUGUACAGAUGGGAGCAAAAACAUUGACGUCAGCUGACGCCAUUGUAGGUGCCAUGGUGCUGGACGCACAAGCAAGCGCCUUGAGCAUCACGCUGGCUGCCAAAGAUGUACUGGCGGCCAGGUGGCAGGUUGGGAUAACCAUUAUGUGCCAAACCUUUGGCUUGGCAGUUCUCGUCACCUGCGUGACGAAAUUUGGCGCGGGCAACUUCGUGGGUGAGGAUUCGUGUUUCUGCAUCAAGACUUUCUGGUGGGGAUGGGUCACAGAUUGCUCCGAGACGACUAAGGCUGUGGAAGCAGCGACCUUCUGGGUCUACUUGGUCUGUCGCAUGGUUGUGUUCGUCCAUGGGGCCUUUUUCGCUAUCACCAAUACCAAACAAUUCCACCUCGCCGAGAAGAGAGAACACCGCCUGCAAGGUGUCAUCUUCUCUACAUCCAUCAAAACGCCGACCAACGUGGCCGAAGAAUCACAAAGCCCCGACUCACAAACCUCGAGCUCACAAAGGCCCGACGGCCGAGCGUGGCUCCGCAUCAAAGACCGUCUCCCCUUUUAUCAGAACUGCCCGGCAACAGUGACUUUCUUGUUCGUCAUCCACGCUGUAUUCUCAACUACGUCAAUGUUAGCCGCCCACAGGGCUAUGAGUGCGGGUAUGGAGCCCAGCUCCGGCCAUAUGUCCACCGGACAGAUAAUGCCUCUGGUGAUCGCAGCCGCCACUAUGGACGAAAAGGGAAUGACCGCCUGGAUCUACCUCGGUACUAAUGUCGGAAAGAUUUACUUUAUCUAA